GCAUUGUUUAGCUAUAUUCUUUGAAAUCGUGUUUAACUUUUAUGUGAGACGAAUUUUAAGUGUGCGGAGGAAUAUGAAUAUUCAUGAGUUUACUGCCGUUAAACGUCAAACAACUGUUCACUGAGGGUGGGAUUCGCCAGCUGUUUGUUAUUAAAGAAAGGAGCAGCAAAGACUACUAAUGUAUGGGACUUCGUCAGUAACUGUUACACAGUUUGUAUGGACCAGUUUCUUCUUCCUCCAGAUCCUGUGUUUCUCCUUCCUACAGAACAUAAACUGGGGUUUUCCUGAAGAAUGACUUGAGAGGAUUUCCAGACUAGUGUCACACUAUUCUACUAAAAGUCUUUCUCUUAAAAUCUCUGAAGCCAGAUCUGAAUAACAAAUCUCUGAAUAACAAACAUUUGAAUUCAAGCCAUGGAUGUAUUAAACCCGGAGGACGUCAGCUUAUAUGAGGACUAUUACAAUUCUGAUGGACUUGAAGAAUUUGGACUCUGCAAGAAGACGCACGUCAAGGAGUUCAGCUAUUUGUUUCUACCUACGUUCUACUCCGUUACCUGUGCGCUGGGAAUUAUCGCUAAUUUAACCCUUGUAGUGUUGUUGGUCAAAUAUAAGACUCUGAGGAUGGUUUUACCUCUUCAGAUGGUCAUAUCGGACAUCCUGUUCACACUGAGCCUUCCUUUCUGGGCGGUCUACGCUGGCAGCGAAUGGAUCUUCGGCGAUCACAGCUGUAAAGCGGUCACAUUCGUUUACAUGGUCAGUUUGUACAGCAGCAAUCUUUUUGUCGCCAGUCUGAGCUUGCAGAGAUUUUUGGACGACGCAUGUGUUGAUUCUGCCCUCAGGAUCUUCAGAAGUUCAAAGAGGAACGGUGUUUUGUGUGUCAUAGUGUGGCUUUUUUCAAUUUUGGCUGCGGCUGUUCAUGUCAGCUUUGUGGAGUUGCAAAAAUUCCACGAAAAGAUCGUUUGCACUUAUCACUUCAAUGAUUGGUUCGGUUGGAAAGUCUACACGAGGUUUCAGAUGACCCUACUUGGGUUUGUCAUACCGUUUCUCGUGCUCGUUUUCUGUUGGAUCCGAUAUUGCAGUGUUGUUGUGGGUAGAAGCAGAUUCCAGAGGUUCAGAUUGGAGACCGGAUUCACAGUGACGUUUUUUCUCCUCUGGUUCCCCUACAGCGUUGUCAUUUUCCUGCAUGCCUUGCAAGACCUUCACUUUUUUUACGCUUGCACCACUAACAUACAGUUUGACUUCGCCAUUCAGGUGACCGAGUCCAUUGCCUUCACGCACGUGUUUAUAAAUCCCCUGUUGUACAUGUUUCUAAACAAAAAAGUCUGGAAACGGUUAAGAAAUUCGUGCAAGACUCCAAGGGAGUAUCUGCUGGAGGAAUCCAGCAGUUCAUCAAACGGGUCGGGUCAGGGUGAUGAUAUCGAGCUGAAGUCGGUCCAACGAUGCCAAGCCCAUGAUGUGAACUUUUGCGCUGAACGACCGAAUAAUUUACUACCUGAGCUGAAGUGAAAGCUUUGUGGUGUUUGGUUGAAGAAUUGUUAGAAAAACAUAUUACCCAGGUGUUUAACACAGAUUUUUUAACACAUUAUUAAUCAUAAUAGUUUUAAUAACUCCAUUUUGAAUAACCAUGAUGACAGUACAUAUUAUACUAGUUAUUUUGCAAGAUACUAUAUUGAGCUUAAAGUGCGAUUUAAAUGUGUAGCUAGGUUAAUUAAGUUAACUAGUUAUUGGAAAACAGUGGUUUGUUUCAUAGCCAAUCAGAAAAAAAAAUAUCUUAAGAAUUGACUUUAACCCUUGUGUGCUGUUGGGUCGUUUUCAUCCACUUUGGGGUGAUUUUGAGUCUUAAUUUGGCCAUAACUUUCUCUGUGUUUCAGAAAAUGGAAUGAUUUUUUGUUGAAAAAUCUUAUUUUGACACAUAUUUUAGGAAAAUGCUUUGAAAAUUAAAAAAAAACUCAGGUUGGAUGGCUGUUUUAGCCCCAAAUCAUUUUUGCAGUCAAAAAAUGUUGUUAUAAUGGAAGUCAAUGGGGCAAAAACAGCCACAAACAUAACGAAUGCCAACCUUAUUUCACCAAGUAGGACCUGUUCCUGGAUUAACAUCCAUGUUGAUCCUGGAACAACAUUCCAAUCAGCCAAUCAGAAUUCAGGCAUACAUAUACAGGCUUACGAUUAGGUUCAUGCACUUCUGCAUGAUUGUUAUUCAGCUAUUAUUCCCCUCUGAUUUUGGGAAUAAUUUACAGUUAUGGUUGGGUUAGGGGUGAGGAAUAGGCAUGGAUUACAUUUUCAAACUAAAAGAUAUUCCAGGAUCACAUCGUACUUGGCAAAGUCAUGACGUGCCAUAAUGAAAGAGUAGUGAAUUUUAACAAUACACAAGGGUUAAAAUUGAUUUUAAUAAAUUUAAAAUUGCUUUUAUUCCAGCCUAAAUAAAAAACAAUGUCUUUGUCCAGAUUAAAAAAUAUUAUAGGAAAUACUGUGAAAAUUUCCUUGCUCUGUUAAACAUAAUUUGGAAAAUAUUUAAAAAAAGAAUAGAAAUGUUAGAGGACAGCUAAUAAUUUUGAUGUCAACUGUAUGUGGCUCAAAGGCUCAGGUGUCAUCUACACUAGGGGCUUUUUUUGUUGAUUUAAAACACACUAUUCAAGAUUUGUUCAUUAAAAUAUCCACAAUAAACACUAAAUCAGUUUUAUUGUACUUACAAUAUCCCACAUAUUUUGAAGAAGGUUCAAAUCCAGUGAAAUUGUUAGAUGUAGUGUGUGCUGUGCUGUGUGCAGGGGCGGAUUUUGCAAAUUGGGGGCCCUAGGCAACUCCAGCCAUGGGGCACAAGUCCUGAUGCACCCUUUCUACUUUAUUUUAAUUAUUUAUUUUGGUGUUUUUUUUAUAUUACUCUUUUAUUAUUAUUCUUUUCUGUGUUUUAUCUUAAUGCAGUUUUUACAUUUUGAAUGAUUAGUUUUCUUAAAAUUAAUUUACAAUAAAAAAAAUUGUAAAUAUAUACAUAUAUAUAUAUUUUUUUAAUAUAAAUUUGACUGCUUAUUAUAUUUUAGUGUAUAUUCAAUAAUAUUUAAUUAUGUAAAAAUAAUCUCAAUAUACAAAUAUGAUAGAAAAUGAUGUUAUAUAUAGUUUAUAGGUAUAAUUUAUACUUCUAGAUAUUUAUUGGGGGCCGCCAGAUUUCCUGGGGCCCUAAGCAGCCGCUUACCUCCCUCAUUUGGUUAAAGCCGCCCCUGGCUGUGUGUUCAUGCUAAUGACAUCACAUCCUCAAUUUCUAGUUUGAUGUUUUAUUAGACUGCACAGAGCAGCAUCAUAACAGACUCCUAAACUAUUUAGUCUAAUAAAACAGCUCUGUUCUUCUCCACAUGAUCACAAGCUGAAUAACAAGAAGUGGUGGAGUGUUGCAUAAUAAAAGCGCUUGUCUCUCACCAGCAAUUACUUCAAGUUUUUCUCAUUCCGCUUUCAGUCUUACUCCGCUUCAUACUACCAUGAAAAUAAGCGUUAAUACUUUAAUCUUCCUUUAACAUGAGUUCUGCAAGAGUCCUGUAGGAUGUAAUGAAGACCACAAAUCCCGUGAUUCACACUCAGUCAAAGAGUUAUCAAUUUACUCUUUAGUUUGUUGUGAAUAUGUGCACCCUCUAGUGGUGAAAAUGGCAUACUGUGCCUUUAGGCAGAUAGUUCGCUAACACUCCAAUAAUAAUUAAUUGGCAAUGUAAUUUAUAGUCAACAAAAUAUGUAAAAGAAACCAAAGUAAACUGAUAGUCUUAAAACAGUUUUUAAUUUUAAUUAUAUUUUAGCUUAUAUAUAAUAAAAUGU